AUGGCUGAAUGCGAUCUGCUUGACGUGCUCAAAAGCAAAGAAAUCAUAGCUAAAGUGACAAAAUUUCUACAAGAAGGAUGCGGGUGCUCUCGUGGCUCGAAAGGCGGCCAGUGUUGUGAACGGUUUUCAAAGGAAGUUGUUCUUUCCAACUUAAACAAUUGGCUGGAACUGUCGCAUGGAGAACUCGAUCUUGUUAUCUUGGCAAACAUUCAAGCAUGCACGAACAGUGAAAUCAUUGGCGAAAAAAGGAAACGAAGUUCGCAAUCCAGUUUCCUUUACCUUAAUCGUCCGAUCUGCAAGGAUUUGUUCUUAAAUCUUUACAGAAUAAGUUAUUCACAAUUUCGCCGACUAAAACAACAUUAUGCAGAACACGGACUUUCACAAAGGGUGCAUGGAAACUGCAAGAGACUACCGCACAACUCCUUGCCCCAAGCCGUAACCAAGGACGUAAAGAACUUCCUAAGUAAUAACGCGGAUGAAAAUGCUGUUUUACUUCCUGGCAGAAUCCUGGGAUUUAAAAACGAUGACAUUCGCCUGCUUUCAUCGUCAGAGACAAAAAUGAAUGUAUGGCGUGCAUUUUAAACAGUUUGCGAAGCAACGGGCAAGCAAGUUGUUGGCUACACUUCAUCUACAAAACUAUGGCAGCAGUUUCAUCCUGAUUUUCUCAUCGCCAAGCCCAUGACUGACCUCUGUUUAACUUGCCAUCAGAACACUUCGAAACUCUUGCGGUCUGCAAACCUUCCCGAUAAUGAAAAGUCUCAAUGUGUCUUGGCUCAGCAGGAACAUUUAAAUUGCGUUCAAACGGAAAGAGAGUUUUACAGGAACACUUGUUGUGAAUCAAAGAACAAUUUGGAAAGAUUAGCAGAUACAAUCGAAUUUGAUGAGCCACAUGACCCAUGCUCGAUUGAUGCAGUUAUUCGCUAUUCAUUCGACUUUGCUCAGCAAAUUCACAUUCCCAGUAACCCGAUGCAGCUGGGACCGAUUUACUUUAAAACACCACGCAAAUGCGGAAUCUUUGGCGUCAUGUGCGAAGCAGUACCUCAACAGGUUAACUACCUUAUUGACGAGGCAAGUGACGUUGGUAAAGGGGCAAACAGCACAAUAAGCUAUGUUCAUCAUUGCUUCCAGAACCAUGGACUUGGCGAAACGUGCGUCCAUCUUCAUGCUGACAACUGCUCGGGGCAGAAUAAAAACAACUGUUUCCUUUGGUACCAGGAGAGCAAUAAAUCAGCUUCAUGACUCAAUCACUUAUUCGUUUUUAAUUGCUGGACAUACCAAGUUUGGCCCCGAUCGCUCCUUUGGAAUUAUCAAGAGAUCGUACAAAGUUACUUGUAUUUCUUCUCUUUACGAAUUUGCCGAGAUGGUCGAGUCAUCCAGCACUGCGGGAGUAAACAAAGGGCAACUUGUUGGGACACACGAUGGCAAAGUUAUUGUGCCAGUGUACGAUUGGUCAGCAUUCCUAGGACAGUACUUUUGUCAAGCUUCCCAGCAUAAAAAAGUUCCAUCAUUUUAGAUUUUCAAAAGAGGAACCUGGCAAAAUUUACUUCAAAGAGUACAGCACUUCUCCCUAGCGAUCUCUUUUGCUGCUGAAACACCCUGCCACCCUACCACCCGCAGUACUUCCAGCUAAGCUAAACUCCCAAGGAUUAUCUCAAGAACGGAAGCAGUAUCUGCACCGAGAAAUUUGCCAGUUCUGCAAACCAGGAACAGAAGAUCUGGUUGCACCAGCGCCAUGAAGCCUCUGGUCAAAAAUUCCUUACCCUUGAAAAAUGAGUUAGGGAUUGUCCUUCCAGUGACUCCAGGCGUCCUUCGAUGUUUGAUAGUGCAGUGCUCACGUUGUUUUCUAAGGCAGACAUCUUGUUCACCAGUUUGUGUUCCUUUCCCGACAGGGAUGUUUCAAAUUUCUCCAUCAUCUACAACAGUUAACGGAAAUUUGGGUCAGCUGACAGAUUCAGGACAGGAUUUUUGUGACCUUAGAGAAUAUGAAAAAGCAUACGUUUCGAGUGUUAAACCUUCAGUUGGAGCAAAGGAGAAGGGCCAACACUCAAAAUGCUUCCUUUUCAAAUUCGACACGGCAUCUAUUAGCCUCUAUUUAUGUUUAGCAAUGUUGUAGUUUCUAAUCAAAUAAGUGUUUCACUAGCAAUCUAUGAAUCUCCUCCAUGUAGAGUAAAACAGUACGGUUUAAAGAAAAUUGCUCAGAUUCUCAAUUUGUCAUUGGCAAUCCGUGAUUUUCUAAAUCCUGAAGUAGUUCACUUAGCUAAUAUUUUAAAUUUCUCACAAUUGCAAAACAGCGAUGUUAGCUAUAGAGUGUUGUGUCUUUGUUUCGAGAGAGAACGUACCUGACCAAAGGUUAAUGCAUUACCUUAACAAAGUUUUCUUGCAUUUGCAUCUGGCAGGAGAGAAUUUUAGUGUUCGCUUCUUCCAUGGCAGCUAGCUUAUUCAUCAGCUGACGACACUCCUCUGUCUUGGCAGCAAGUUGCUGCUGGAGUAUAG